ACAUUUGAGUAAAUGUUUCUGAGAGAGAAGAACUUAAGAUGCGACAUCUUUACAUCGUUAUUUGUAUCUGGACGGUUGUGGCGAAACCAAAGAUCAAGAAAGAAGUCCUGGAAAAUCUUAAGACACAUGAAGAAAAAAGUCUAAAGAGCUCAAUUAACAUGAUGAUGGAUCACUUAGAUGCCAGGAAAAAGAAAGCGAAAAUUGUUUGGAGAGAUUGGGAAGAGUUGCAAAAACCUGGAAAAUGGCACAAAAACAUGAUAAAAGAUUGGUACGAUCACCCGCACGACCAAGACGACCCGAUCGCUAAUCUGCUGCAAACAAUGAUUGUGCAUGAUAAACAAGGGAAUCCUCACACGCCAGAAGGGAUAGAUACAUCAAAAAAGAUAUCCGCCCGAGCAGAAGAUCAUGACGGCCAUAUUUAUCCUAAGGAAUUGAAGGAUGGCCAACAUUCAAAGGACAAAAGGAAUUUUGCUGAGAGGGUUAGACUAUGGGAAUAUGCCUACGUACCGUACUCUAUUAACUCAGCAUUUACUAAAGAACAGAGGGAAACUAUAAAUUCGGCCAUUAAAGAAUUUGCCGAUAAAUCUUGCAUUUCAUUCGUCCAAAGGCAGAAUACCAAUUGGAUUGUUCUUCCACACAGAGUAUAUCUAUACUUCACAUACGGGGAUUCCUGCAGUUCCGCUGUGGGCAGAAUAUCAUCCGGACAACAGAAGAUUGAGCUGGAUCCUUCAUAUUGCUUCAAAAAAAAGACAGUUAUCCACGAGAUUAUGCAUGCUUUAGGACAAGUCCAUGAACAGCAGCGAAUGGACAGAGACAAUCACGUGAUCAUGCAUUGGGAUCGAAUCAGGCUGGGGAAGAAAAAUUUGAAUAUGGAAAAAUUGCCAAUUGGUUCUCACGAUCGAACACCUUAUGACCCCUCGUCCAUUUUACAGUACGGAUUAAGAGCCUUUUCUAAAACAGGAGGAAAGACUAUGACUUUGCGUGACAAAAGACUGGAACCCUUGGUAGGUUCAUCAGACCACCUGACCCAUCUAGAUGCAAAAGAAGUAAACCUGGCAUAUAGGUGCUCAGCAAAAUGUCCACGUCCACCAUUAUGUCAGAAUGGUGGAUACGUUAAUGAACAUUGUAGCUGUGUUUGUCCUGAUGGUUUAAUUGGAACCGAAUGCAGGGAGGUACAUAGUGAUCGAGAUUGUGGUGGCAUUUUGGCAAUGAACACCGUAGAUUUCCAAAAUCUGAAAUCGUUGAGGUAUCCCGAUCCAUAUCCUGUUGACAAAGAAUGUGCUGUUCUUAUUACGGCACCCAAAGGCUCCAAAAUAAAACUGGAGGUUGUGAAUAAAGAGAUGAAUCUCAGGAAAGGGUUUAACAAUGUUUGUCUACACUGGAUUGAGGUUCGCUACAUUUCCCCGGAGAUAAUUGGACCAAAGUUCUGUGAUCCCUUCAGCCCCAUAGUGUCAAAGAGCAACCAGAUGAUGAUACGCUUUAACAGUAAAUUGUCCAAAGAUUAUUAUCCAUAUUUUGGUCAGAAAUUUUUCCUAAGGCUCAGCACGGGAAAUCCCAUCCACUCUUCUGGUGUGAAGUGCAAUUUUGAUGGAUCGUCCCCUUGCAGAAUGGAGAAAACUCAGCUGAAGGAGAGAAAGAACGUGUGGUGGGUUGAUCCAUCAUAUGGAGCUGAGAAUUCACCAGGCUAUGCUUAUAUUGAUACCCAAACUACCUUUACUCUGACGACACCAUCGGGUACCUUCAGUGACGGAUACCAUUGUAUAAGAUUUAGCUUUUAUAUAAGAGGAUCACCUAGCAGGAUUGGUAUUCGUGAAUAUGGUGCAUCAUCAAUAUGGUCCACAUCCAGCCCCACAGAUGGUCAUUGGUUAUCUUUAAAAGGCAAUUACAGAGCUACCCCCUCUUCCCGGUUGCAAAUAUACGGGUCUCUUUAUUCAGACGGAAUUGUGGCCUUAGAUGAAGUGCAGAUUUCUAGUGGAAAGUGUAGCGAGUAGAAGCUGCUGGAUAAAUGAAAACAGAAUUUUAUUCAUAUCUAGUGGAGAGUACAUCGUGGAGUAGAAACUGCUGGACAAAUGAAAACAGAAUUUGAUUAACUCCAUCUUUCUAUUUAAAUAUUCCCCUGUGUACCGGCUUUAGUUUAGUUAAACUGUAUAAAUGUGUUUAUAUAUAUAUAUAUAUAUAUAUAUAUAUAUAUAUAUAUAUAUAUAUAUUAUAUGGAGUCGUUGUGGCCGAGUGGACUUACGCACUGGUUUGACAGUCUUGCUAGGCGGUGGGUGCCGCAGGUCGCUGGUUCGACCCCGGGCUGGGGCGAAAAUUUUCAGUACCUAGUUGUGAUUAUUUAGUGCUUUAUAUAUUUAUAUAUAUCCUCAUUCGUAUGAAAUAUUAUAUAUUGAAAAAUCCUAAAUGUAUACAUUAUGCUUUGAAGAUGAUAAUAUAUAUAUAUAUAUAUAUAUAUAUAAUAUAUAUAAAUUAUAUAGGCUAUGCAUUUUAAUAAGCACGACUGACUGAUGAAGGCUGGUAAAACUGCUGAAAUAUUUCGAAAAGUGUUUUAAUGCUUUUUUUAUUAUUCUUACAAAAGAGAGACUUUGGAUGGAUAUAUAUAUAUAUAUUAUCAUCUUCAAAGCAUAAUGUAUACAUUUAGGAUUUUUCAAUAUAUAAUAUUUCAUACGAAUGAGGAUUGAAAAAUGUCUAUA